AUGGGCGCCGGAGAUGAGUCCCUCUUUCGAUCUGCGCAGAUGAGUCUGCUGCAGCUCUACAUUCCCACCGAGGUGGCCCAUUCUGCUGUGGCGGAAUUGGGAGAGCUGGGCAAUAUCCAGUUCAAAGACCUCAACCCUGAUGUCACUCCCUUCCAGCGUACCUUCGUGUCUGACAUCCGCCGCCUGGACGAGAUGGACCGCCGAGUCCGCUUCUUGCAGGCCCAGAUGGAGACUCAGAAGAUCCCUGUUCGUCCCCUCGAGUCCGCUCUGCCCUUCCUCAACUUCUCCGAAGGUGGAUCUCGUCGAGGACCUCUGCAGAUGGAGGAGUUGAGCACCAAGCUGCGAGACCAUGAAGAUCGCAUUGGUCAGAUGAACAACAGCUACGACACACUCCAGAAGCGUCUGCUGGAGCUGCAGGAAGCUCGUCAUGUCCUCCGCGAGACGGCCGUCUUCUUCGACCAGGCCGAGAAUAGGCAGGGUGGUGAUGGCCGCAACAGCACAGAUGAUGCCAACGCCCCCUUGCUGGAUGAUGUAGAGAGCCACAAUUACGGUGGUGGCCGAGGUGAGGACAGCUCGUUCGGCACCUUCGACCUCGAAUUCGUCGCCGGUACCAUCGACCGAGCUCGAAUGGCCACCUUCGAGCGCAUUCUCUGGCGUGUGCUGCGUGGCAAUCUCUACAUGAACUAUGCCGAGAUCGAAGAGCCCUUCCAGGAGCCUGGCAAGGAGGAGCCUACCCGCAAGAAUGUCUUCAUCAUCUUCGCUCACGGCUCUGAGCUUCUUUCCAAGAUCCGAAAGAUCUCCGAGUCAAUGGGUGGUACACUGUACCCGAUCGACUCUUCAGCAAGCAAGAGGGAAGGUGCUCUCCGUGACGUACACUCUCGCAUUGAGGAUCUGGACAACGUCAUGUACACCACCUCGGCCACUCGUCGCACCGAGCUGGUCAAGAUUGCAGAGACCCUCACCGCUUGGGCCGACUUUGUUCGUCGAGAGAAGCUCAUCUAUUCUACGAUGAAUUCGUUCCUCUUCGACUCUCGACGCAAGACGCUGAUUGCUGAAGGCUGGUGCCCCACCACCGACAUCCACUCCAUUCAGCUGGCCCUGCACCGGGCUGCUGAGGCAGCUGGAACUUCUGUGCCACCUGUCCUUCACGAGCUGAAGACGAAACAGACUCCACCUACCUUCCAGCGCACCAACAAGGUCACCGAGGGUUUCCAAGCCAUCAUCGACUCCUACGGUGUGGCAGCCUACGGAGAGGUCAAUCCUGGUCUCUUUGCCGUCAUCACCUUCCCCUUCCUGUUCGCCGUCAUGUUCGGUGAUAUUGGACACGGUACCAUCAUGUUCCUCGCAGGUCUGGUGAUGUGCAUGUACGAGCGCCAGCUGGCCAAGAACAGCAUGGGCGAGAUCUUCGACAUGUUCUUCUUCGGUCGCUACAUGGUUCUCCUUAUGGGUGCCUUCUCGAUGUUCACUGGUUUCCUCUACAACGACAUCUUCUCCAAGUCGCUGCACCUCUUCGGCACUGGUUGGGACUGGCCUGCCGAUCGUAACGGCCCUACUGAGGCUAUUCCCAAUGGUCAUGUCUACACCAUGGGUCUCGAUCCGACUUGGCAUGGUGCAGACAAUGCUCUCGUUUUCACCAAUUCGAUCAAGAUGAAGAUGUCGGUGAUUCUGGGAGUCAUUCAUAUGUCCUUUGCCAUCACUCUGCAAGUGCCCAACUUCAUCCACUUCAAGAAGCGCAGCUCGAUCUUCACCGAAUGGAUGCCUCAGAUCCUCUUCAUGCAGGCCCUCUUUGGAUAUCUGGUCAUCAUGAUUCUGUACAAGUGGAGUGUAGACUGGUACGAGACCGACGAGACGGGCAACCUGUUCCGCAACAACCCGCCAAGUCUGCUCAACACGCUCAUCUACAUGUUCCUCAAGCCCGGUCAGGUCGAUGCUGACAAGCAACUCUACGCUGGUCAGGCCUUUGUGCAGACGUGCUUGCUAGGUCUCGCCGGUCUCUGUGUGCCCUGGAUGCUGUGUGCCAAGCCGUACCUCGUGUAUCAGGAGCAAAAGAAGCACCAGGGACAAGGGUACCGCCAUCUCAUUGCCGGUGACGAAGACGAGGAGGAGCGUUUGGUCGUCAACGGUCAGGGCAACCUGGACGGUGAGGCCAACGGCGACGACCAUCACAACGGUAACGGCAACGGCGGCGAGGGCAACUCAAGCGGUGGCGGCGGUGGCGGUGGCGGCGACCACGAAGAGGAGUUCGGCGAGGUGGUGAUCCACCAGAUCAUCCACACCAUUGAAUUCUGUCUGGGUUGCAUCUCCAACACUGCCUCCUACCUUCGUCUCUGGGCCCUGUCUUUGGCCCACGCCCAACUCUCCGAAGUUCUCUGGACCAUGACCAUCCAAAACACCUUUGGGCUCACGGGCGUCGUGGGAAUCCUCGCGGUGACCUUUGGAUUCGCCGUCUUCUUCAUGGGAACACUGGCAAUUCUGGUGGGAAUGGAAGGAUUGAGCGCAACGUUGCAUGCUGUUCGAUUGCAGUGGGUAGAGGCACAGGGAAAGCAUUACAUGGGUGGAGGAGAGGCGUUCCAGCCUUUGCGUCUCAAGGGAGAGUGA